AUGCGGAGACAGCGGGUUUCUACCUCGGUCCUUCUACAUCCAAGUAGAAUUCCUGACGACCUCUUAUUCCUGAGAAUCAUCGGUCAGGGUCGCCAUGCGACAGUCUGGUUGUGCGAAGACGGUCGCACAGGCGAGCAGAUCGCCUGCAAGAAGAUCCUCAAAUCCACGCUCAGAAGCUCCAGCGAAAUAAUUGCCGAGGCUGGCGACAGCUCGCCCGCGACCAACGCGGUUCGGCUACAACCGUCGCUUGACGACGUCCGCCGCGAGGUGGCUGUAGCAGAGGGUCUUUCCGGGAAGCACCUUAACAUUCUCACGUUCAAAGGAGCUUUCGAGGAUGCCGACGCGGUGUAUCUAACCUCGGAGUUCUGCGACUCGGGUGACCUACUAACCUACAUUGUCGAAUCCGCGAAACGAGCAGGCGCUCGCUCUCCAGACGCGUAUAAUCUCGUCGGAGGUGGCGGCUGCACUAGGAACUGUGAUGAUGAAGAUGCUGUGGGAGCAACCGCCCGCACCAACCGCGGAAUUUCUCGCAGCAUUUCGCGAACGCUGAGCCUCCAACGCGUCAAAUCCUGCCGCAAGCUGCAUGGCGACGCCGUCUAUCGCGACGUUUCCGGCGGAAACCGCGUCUGGGCCCUUCCCGAGGCCGAGGCUCGCGCGAUUUUCCGCCAGGUGGCGGCAGCAGUGCAAUUCUGCCACCAGAGCGGCGUCGCGCACGGCGAUAUCCGCCUCGAGAACGUGCUCCUGAGUUCGCGCCGAUUCGCGGCCCUCCAGGCCGCGACGGGAUCGCGCAGAUCGCGCGCGCGCUCCCUUCCGACCAUUUUCUCCGCGUACUCGCACGCGUGCGCUUCCGAAGCUAGCAGCAGCGGUUUCGUCGGGGACGGAGUAGAAUCGCCGUGCGCCUCGCCCCAUGGCGGUUGCGUUGCCGUGUUCGCGAAGCUCGCGGAUUUCGGGAGUGCGGAGAGGGUGGCUGUGCUCCCGGCUGUGGUCGAAGCGGCUGCUGAUGACGUGGCAUCGGCGGACGACAGUGGAAAUAUGACCUCAGUAGAAUCGCGGAUUCGCGACGCUGUGAAAAAGGGGAGCUUCGGCGGGAAGUCGCAGUCGGGGGGGGAAGAGUGCUUACGCUGGAUGCAAUACGCAGCGCCGGAGCUGAUUGUAUCGGAGAUGGAGUCUACCAAGUCCGGAGUAGUAGCGACGACGCGAAAGGAAUCCCCGAUGAAAGCUGACGUGUGGUCGCUCGGAGUGUUGCUCUUCGUCCUUCUGUCGUCGUCCGUCCCCUUUUCGGGUCCUAACGAGCGGAAAAUUAUCCGCCAGAUAGCCCACGCGCGCGAUCAUUUAGAACGGCUCAUGUUUCCGUGUGGAAAGACGCUUAGCGAGGAGGCUGAUAUCGGGGACACGAACCUGAGCUCCGUUGACGAGAUUCAGCGGGGAUCCAACGUGUGGCUGCAAAUUUCUGCAGAUGCCAAAGAUUUGAUUCGCGGCAUGCUGGAGAUCGAGCCUGCCGCCCGCUUGUCCAUUAACGACGUCGUUAGUCACCCGUGGCUGAGCGCGAAGGAUAUUACGGCGCGACGGGGACCCUUGAAGUGCGCUGAUGGGUUGGGUAGCGUUAGCGAAAUCGACGCUGGCGACGACGAACUCGCGGAGAUGAGCGAGAUCGGCGAAAAUAAAGGCUGCUCUAACGGCGGGAGGGUCAGAGGCAGCAGUAGUCGCAGUCCAGCAGGCGAGUCUUCCGAUGUUCUGCCUCGGCUGCAGCGGAGGAACACUAUUUCCGCGACUUCGGACCGAUCUAGGAGCAAUCUGAGUGGCUCGCGUGUGGCACGCGGGAAAGCUCUUGAUGCGCACGAUCAGCAGAGGCAUUGGGAACCUCGCGGAGUUGAGGAGUCUCUCAACUGGUAA